AUUCAUUUUCGUCUGUAAUUUGUUGAAAUAAUAAAAAACUUAUUAUCAUGAAAUUCGGAGAUGCUCUUUCGGUUGGUAACAAGGAUCGAAUUUUUACACCCUCAAAUCCGAGUCAUGCGUAAUUCCAUAUAAAUGAAAUGUCAGAAAACGUUUGUUGACGUCGUUGACGUAUAGAAAAUUUAACAAAUAGUGGACCGGCUGCCAUCUAUGGGUUAACAAUAAAUUUACAACAAACCGCGCAUGCGGUUCGUGGGAAUUAAAAAAUUUUCCGUAAAUGAUAGCGAGAACAACUUGCUGAGAACAGCUGAUCUGUCGCAUUUGACUGACGUUCCUUUUACAUUUAAUAAGAAUAGAUAAAAACAAUUAACUCAAAAGAAAUCAAUCGGAUUCUUCUACUGUCCGAAAGUUCGGGACAGCAUAUAUAUAAUGACAAAUUAUUGUUUGUUCAUAAAUCAGAAUCGUAUUAGGUAGUUUUUUGUGUGCAGUUCUAAUCUCUUAUUAUUUAGGCCUGUUUUACUUGUAAACAAUGGCCCAUUCAUCUACUAAUAGUUCAACUAAUGGUUACGAUUUCAAAGUUGUUUUACUAGGCGAAGGUUGCGUUGGUAAAACAUCGGUCGUACUUCGAUAUGUCGAAGACAAAUUCAACGACAAACACAUCAGCACGAUACAGGCUUCGUUUCUCAAGAAAAAACUUAACAUCAAUGGAAAGAGGGUGAACUUAGCUAUUUGUGAUACGGCUGGUCAAGAAAAAUUUCACGCGCUAGGUCCAAUUUAUUAUCGGAUGUCUAGCGGCGCAGUUUUAGUUUACGAUAUAACUGAUGCAGAUUCAUUUCAAAAGGUAAAAAACUGGGUGAAAGAGCUGAAGAAGAUUCUUGGAAGUGAAAUUUGUCUCGUCAUAGCCGGUAACAAAGUAGAUCUCGAAAGAGAUCGCAACGUCUCACAGGAAGAAGCAGAAGAGUACGCCAGGCAAGUGGGGGCAGUGCACUUCAAUACAUCUGCGAAACAGAAUCAUAACAUUGAAGAAAUGUUCCUGGAUUUAUCUCGUCGGAUGAUAGUGCACGCGGACGAAGUAGAGCAAAAAUCUACUUUGUCGAGAACUAGCAGUACGCGAAGAAACGUUGUUAUUGUCGAAGACGAAGCUGAUCAAGAAAGACCUGCAAGCAGUUCCUGCUGCGGUGGAUUUUCUCAAAGUUCAUAGGUCGAGGGAAUAAUUAUGAGAUAUUGGAGAACCAGUUAUACAUAAAUGUAUAUAGAAGUUAUUUUACAAUUAUUAUAUACCGUACAUAAUAUAAAAACUUGGACUUUUCAAUGUGAUCAAAUAUACAUAAAUAUAUUAUACUUAUAUAAUACUUACUUCGUUCACAGUCUGCGCAUGAAAAAAGAUCUUAAACUGUACUGGAAUUCUGAAACAGUAAUCGUAAUUCACCUAUAAAUGUCUGAGUAUAAUCGAAUUGCUAUAAUAGCGAAAUAAUAUCAAAUUGAAUAAAUUCAUAUUUAUAAUGUAAGCCGCGGGUAAAUAUAGGCGAUUAUCUCAAGGAUUCUAAAAAUGCUGAGACUAAAUAGUAAUUUAUACUAAUCCAAUGGAAAACCUUGAUAUCGUAACGGGGUGAACGUUCAGCUAUUACCUAGCCAUAUUUCUAUACGUAUAAAUUUAACUUUAAGUUACUAAAACAGAAACCACAUUUAACAAAAGACUUCGGUAACUUUACACUCGAAAGAAUUUUUCUGAAAAUUCUAUGCAGUGUAGAGAGAAAAAAUAGCACUGUUUGAGAUAUGAAUAUGUUAUCGUGAGGAUUCAAAUUUUCAGGGAAUCAUUGAAUUCGAUUGAAGGUCUAAGCCGUAAAACGUGGUUGCGUAUUGAAAAUGAUCAUUGAUUCUAAAGGGUUUUUCCUUUAGCAUCAAUCAACGUAUCGGCAUACGGUAUCCGUACUGAAGUGAUAGCACUUAUUAAAAUAAAUAACAGUUUUCAUUUGCGUUGCCAUACUGUGUUUGUAAAUAUAUUGCUGUCUAUUGGCGUAUAAUUAUCGAAAUAAAUUUAUUAUAAAUUA